CAACUAACUUCGCCUUCGAUCCAUCUCUUAUUUGUUUUCAGCAUUUCCGGUUUCGAAAAUUAGAUUCGGAGAAGGCAACUCUUGAAUUUCCGGUUUUUCGCAUUCAUGGAUUUAGUUGUGGGGACUUGGAGCUUUUGUUUUGAUGCAAUCAGAGAAAAACAAAAAUUAUACAGGAGCCAGGAAAGUUGUCUUGGUGCAGUAGAAAAGACUAUAAACGAUAUAGAGUGUAACGAAAAGUAUGGACCAUGCAUCGUCGGGAGGGGCGGACCCCCAAACUCUGCCGGGUACCGCGAGUAUGACGCAGCAGUGAUGGAGGGACAAACAUUAAAGUUUGGUGCCGUCACAGCUCUUAGAGGGAUACCGGAUGCCGUGUCGGUGGCGAGGGCUGUGAUGGAGCGGAGUCCCCACAGUAUGUUGACAGGGGAGGGGGCGGGGCGCUUCGCGUUAGAGCACGGGUUUCGUGUUGACAAGACGCCCUGUCAAAGUAUAACAGAAAACAAUCCUAUAGGGCACGACACUCUGGGUUUGAUUGCUGUGGGACAGCACGGAGGGGACAUUGCUGUUGGUGUGUCGACCAGCGGUGCCCCCCGUAAACAUCCUGGAAGGGUCGGUGACAGCGCGCUCCCGGGAGGAGGGCUGUACGCAAACGCCCAUGGCGGCGCCUGCUGUAGCGGUGACGGGGAUGAGAUAUUAAAAUUCUGUCCAUCCUUUCACAUUGUGCACCUCAUCUCUCAGGGAAAGAUCCCCCAGGACGCCUGUGAGGAAGUCAUCAGAAAUAUCCACAGCCGAAACAGUGAUAUGGAAGUCGCUGUCAUUGCCACAGACACCAAGGGUAAUUACGGAGCUUGUUCCACGGUCCGGUCCUGGAGAGACCCAAUGACCCAUAAGCUUUACCAGGGAUUCCCGUUUGUCCUCUGGACCAAAGACAUGACCUGUCCAGAGAUCAAGCUAGCAGAAACCGUGUCCUAAUGAUAAGGGGGACAACUCUUGCUGACUUUAACAUUGCCCAAUAGCAGUUCCCAUUAUAUUUACAGAAUGAACGUGUUUUGUCCAACCAGUGAACCAGGAUAAAAUUAUAACUAGGAUUAUUUCAUUUUCAUACAUCAGGCCUCAAGAUUGUGAAAUUCUUGGGCUUAUUGUAGAGUAGUCAAGCAGUCCAAUAGAAAAAGUUUUGCUCUUUACAAGUUAAUAGUCAUCUUACAGAUGAUUGAAAUGUAGACAAUUCUAGGUCCGUUUCUCAGGGACUGGUAUGUAAACCAUUUACAUGUAUUUUAAAAAAACCGAACCAUAAAUCUAUAUUCAUUGAAUUUUUACAUUUUCAAUGUUUUUGCCUUGGCUUACAAAUUGUAAUGAUGGAUAUUUCCUUAUGAAUGUGAUGCGGUUGUAAAAUAAAAUGUGUGUAUGAAUACAGAAGAUAAAUAUCGCUUGUCUAUUUUAAUGGCUUGGAAUUCCAACAGCCGAUAUACUUCAUGAAGUAUGGUGACAUGAAGUGUCAUAAUUCAUACUUUCAUGUACAUAUAUUAUAUGUUAUAGACAGGACCACAAUGUAAACUAGUUUAUACAACUAAUGCUGCAAUCCUGUAUAAAUAAAGGAUAUUACAAUGUAUAUGUAUUUUGAAAAUUUAACAAAAACAAUAAUACAUGCUUGUAUGCAUUCUUUAUUAACUACAUACAUAAAACACAAUUGCAAUAAAAUUUCUCUGUUAACAA